UCUCUUCGGCUGUCUGCGCCCUGCUCCUCCCUCAGCAGCUCUCGGUGUCAGAACCGGGCCUGCAGUCUGCACGUUGUUUGUAUGUUCCACGCCUGCCCUGCUCUCUCAGGCCCAGCACUCCUGCAAACAUGGCCUCUGCAGCUGCUGCCCCGCCUGUGAAGAUUGGUAUUAUUGGUGGAACUGGUCUAGAUGAUCCUGAAAUUUUAGAAGGAAGAACUGAAAAAUAUGUUGACACACCGUAUGGCAAGCCAUCAGAUGCCUUAAUUUUGGGGAAGAUAAAAAAUGUUGACUGUGUCCUGCUUGCAAGGCAUGGAAGGCAGCAUACCAUAAUGCCUUCAAAUAUCAACUUUCAAGCAAACAUUUGGGCAUUAAAGGAAGAGGGCUGCACUCACAUUAUAGUGACUACUGCAUGUGGCUCUUUAAGGGAAGAAAUUCAACCUGGAGACAUUGUUAUAAUUGACCAGUUUAUUGACAGGACAACCAAAAGACCUCAAACCUUCUAUGAUGGAAGCCAUGCCUGCUCUGGAGGAGUGUGUCACAUUCCAAUGGCUGAGCCAUUUUGCUCCAAAACCAGAGAGGUUCUCAUAGAGACUGCUAAGAAACUUGGACUCAAGUGCCACUCAAAGGGAACGAUGGUAACUGUGGAGGGACCCCGUUUUAGUUCUCGGGCAGAAAGUUUAAUGUUCCGUGUUUGGGGAGCAGAUCUUAUCAACAUGACCACAGUUCCAGAGGUGGUUCUUGCCAGAGAAGCUGGAAUUUGUUAUGCAACCAUUGCUAUGGCAACGGAUUACGACUGCUGGAAAGAGCAUGAGGAGGCGGUUUCAGUUGAUAACGUCAUGAAGACUCUGAAAGAAAAUUCAAAUAAAGCCACCAGUUUACUUCUUACUGCAAUACCACAGAUCGGGUCAAUGGAAUGGACAGAAACCCUGCACAGCAUGAAACAUGUGGUCCAGUUUUCCAUUAUUUUACCAAGACACUGAAAUGGUGUGGAUACUCAAGAGGAGCAGAAAGAGAUCCCCUCUCCAAUAAUUUCCAGGAUGUAUAAUUACCAGAAUCACAUGCUUUUUACCACUUGUGAAAUAGUUGUGGUGAUAAAAGACUGUAUUUACUCAAGUGUUUAUUUCUGCUAGAUCUUGGUAGCUUCAGAAGUAAGUGAACCUGUAGAUUUCUAAAGGUACUUAGAGACAGACUGUCAUCCCAGUAUCUCUGAUGUUUACAGGUUUAAAGAAAGAAAAUACAAUACUAAAAUAGAGUACUAAACUUCUCCCAACAUUAAAUGAUGGCAAUAUUUGUGUUUUUUAGAGGUAAUUUAUUGAGUCUCUUAGAAAAGUACUUGGCAUUCAUUUUUAUUGCUUCUCUUUCCAAGAAGAAUAUUUGCUUAGAAAUGAAGACAUAAUUCAAGAGAAUAUAUUUGCAUUUCACUGUUGUAGGCAUUUUAUUGAUAUUUUAUCUAUUUUUAAAAAUUGUUUCUUUUGUGGGUCUGUGAAUUCUUUUAUAUAUAGUUUAUUAAUUUGAACUUUUUGAUUUUCUAAUAAAAUAAUUUUCUUGCCUACCAUAUAAAGUUAAGCUUUUUUUUUUUAAAAAAAGAUGAUUGAUAUUGAACAGAAUUUCUGAGGAAGACCAUUUAGACUUGACAUUUAAUGUGUAUCAAAAGAUACAAAGAGUGUUCCAAGAAAGCUUUACCUUGAAAAUAGAAUGUUUGUUUGUUUUUUCUUCUCUGUGGUUUACAACAAAACGUUCUUUAAAAGUGUUGUAAGCCUUUGUCUGUUGUUUCAAAUGUUUGUGAUCACGUUUCAGUUCCAUACUAUGUUGUAUGUAGAAUAUAUACAGGCUUUCCUUUGAGAUAACCUGUUUCUCUAAAAAUAAAUCAUAUACACGCCUGCAAUCAACUUGUUCACAUUGUUAGAAAAAACAAGUUAUGGAUAACUGGUGGGUAGAAGAGAAGGUGACUUUAUGAGUGUCUGCCUAUUUAAUCUGAGAAAAUGGAGACUGAACAACCUGCAGAAAUCUUUCUGCAAAUCAAAACCAAUGGUGAAUUUGAUAAUUAGCCUGCUGAAAAAAUAGAAGAGGUGCAGGCCUUUAAAAGGUAUAGAAACACUGAUGAACUAUGUUGAACUAUGCCUUUUUCUUCAAAGUUAGAAGGCUGGAGCAAUGAUUGAAAAAGGAAACAAAAAUAUUAAAACACUCUGUAAAACCUACAGUGCCAGUGUUCCACUCCUAAACAGUCACCCCAGGGUCAUAUAAGGGAUAUCAGUGCAGAUAUUGAAAGAACUGGAGAAAUUCUGAAAAAAAAAUCAUCCCUAUCUUGGAAGAGGAUGUGCAGUAGCCACUGCAAGAAGCUUGCUUGUGGGGCAGC